AUGAGCGGUACCAUUUCGACCCAUCGAGAUGGUGGAAUAUCUCCAGAAGAAGAAAGAAUAUUUUCUGGGUUAUUACUAACAAUUAACAAAAUUCUCACACCGGCCGUCAUAGUGCUCGGUUUAUUCGGAAAUAUUUUGUCCAUCAUCAUUCUCGGUCAGCCUCGGCAUGCUAAACUAACAACAUGCUUCUACAUGCGCGUCUUAUCCGCGUUUGACUCAACAAUUCUACUGACUCAAGUCCUAGUCCGAUGUGUUGUCAACUAUCACCCAAAUCUCGUGAUCGAAUACGGAAUUUUCUUUUGUCCAAUGAUGCUCUUUACAGGUGGUACAUUCGGUCUUUCUAAUCUGACAAUCGCCGCCAUGACACUGGAUAGAUUUUUAGCUGUGCGAUUUCCUCUGAAAGUUGCCAGUUGGUGCACGAAGAAGCGCUGCAAGAUAACAUCGGGUGUCAUCAUCUUAUUUUGUCUUGGACUUACAAUACCGUUGAGCAUGAGGACCUUUAACCCCAGGCCUGGUGCUGUUCUCAAAGAUAUUUGCGGAUUCGAUCCCGAGUUGUUUCCAGAGUGGUACCCACAAACGAUAGAGGUUAUUCACUCCACUUGUAUGUUGACUGCGCCAUUUUUCCUAAUUUUGAUCUUUAACGUCGCAAUCAUACUAACACUUGUAAAACAGCGAGUCUGCAGUGCCGAGUCUCAGCUACAUUUCCAAGGAACCAAGAAGAAAGACGGCCAUGUCACCGUCCUACUUUUCGCUGUGACCAUCACCUUCUUCAUCACGAAUAUCCCAUGGACCGUUGACCAAUGGGUUUGGGAGAUCUUAGUCAUAGACAUGUCCCCACGCCUGCAGAUGAUAAAAAAGAUCGUAUAUGAGAUCGAAAUUUUCUUGUUGUAUCUCAACCCUUCUGUUAAUUUCUACGUUUAUUGCAUGGCCUGCCAAAAAUUCAGAGAAGACGUUAGAGCACUGUUUUGUCAACUCAUCGGUACCAAAAACGAUGACUAG